AUGACAACCACAGCAUAUCCCUUAGUUUCUCCCGACAUCGUUAUUCAACUAAAUCAGGUAUUAUCAAACUUGGCCUCUGCCGAUAAUGAUCUUCGUUCUGGAGCCGAACAGCAAUUAAACGAAUUAUGGAUCGCGCAACAACCUGACUUAUUACUGCUUUCUUUGGCACAACUCGGAAGAUCUCACCAAGACACACACGGUCGUGAAUUUUCUUUUAUAUUACUAAGGAGAAUAGCCUUUAAGCAAUCACCUAAUCAAGUAACAAAAGGCGAAGAUUCAUCGAUAUGGGUCCUUUUACAAGAACAAAGUAGACAAACAAUCAAAAAUGAAUUGUUAAUGUCCUUGUCAGUAGAACAGGAUAACACUGUACGGCAUAAAGUAUGCGAUGCAGUAUCAGAAGUUGCAAAAAAUUCAUAUUUGAAAGGACAAAAGUGGGGUGAACUCCUUCCGGCCCUUUUUGAAGCUAGUAAAUCACCCUCGGCCGAACAUCGGGAAGCUGCUUUACGUAUAUUUUCGGCAGUUCCAAAUAUAAUUACUGAUCAACCAAUAAAUAUUGUAAAACAAGUUUUUUCGGCAAAUUUACAAGAUGCAAAUAAUCCAGCCAUUCGCACGGCAUCUCUUAAAGCUGCGGUCGCUUUCAUGUUAAUGUUGGAAACAGACCAACAAAGUCGGAUCUCUUUUUCCGAACUAAUGCCACAAAUGCUUUCAGUCCUAUCACCGUUGGUAGCUCAACGAGAUGAGGACGGCUUAGUUGAUGGCAUUAUGGUGUUCAUAGAAUUAGGUGAAAAUAUUCCUCGUUUAUUUAAACCGGUUCUCCCAAGUGUAAUGUCUUUUGCUAUCAAUAUUAUGAAAGACGAAACUUUUGCAGAUGGUACACGUCAAACGGCCUUGGAACUUUUGCUUACAUUAUCCGAGGCCUCUCCAUCGAUGAUGCGCAAAACUCAAGAUUUUUGCGCUCAAAUUAUUCCUAUAUCUUUAAAAAUGAUGACAGAAUUGGAUAAUAGUGAAGAAUGGUAUACCACGGAUGAUUUAGAUGAUGACGAUAACGAUGAAAAUUAUGUUAUUGGUGAACAUGCCAUGGAUAGAUUAGCUCGUAAUCUUGGUGGAAAAGCUGUUCUUCCGAUUUCUUUUCAAUACAUUCCUGCGAUGUUAAGUUCCGCAAAAUGGGAAGAACGACAUGCGGCUCUUAUGGCAAUUUCAGCCAUAGGAGAAGGGUGUGUUAAAAUUAUGGAAGCUGAAUUAGGAAAGAUCAUUGAGGAUCCACAUCCUAGAGUUAGAUAUGCAGCAUGUAAUGCUAUUGGUCAGAUGUCAACUGAUUUUCAGGAUUCUCUUCAAAAGAAAUAUCAUCACAAUGUACUUACAAAUUUAAUCCCGGUCAUGGAUGCUCCGGAACCAAGAGUUCAAGCUCAUGCAGCAGCUGCUUUAGUUAAUUUUUGUGAAGCAGCCGACAAAUCAAUUCUUGAACCAUAUUUGGAUACCAUUUUUGAAAGAUUACUUGUUCUCCUGAAUUCUGAUAGAACAUAUGUUCAGGAACAAGCCAUAACAUCAAUAGCUAUGGUUGCUGAUAGUUCUGAAGAUCGAUUUGUUAAGUAUUAUAAUGCAAUUAUGCCUUUAUUAAUAAAUGUUUUGAGAAUCGCUCAUCAAAAAGAAUAUCGACUUUUACGUGGAAAAGCAAUGGAAUGCGCAAGUCUCAUUGCAUUGGCUGUUGGAAAAGAAAUUUUUGGUCCAAAUGCCGAAGAGUUUAUUCAAUUAUUAAUUCAGACUCAACAUGAUCCUCAAAUUUCUUAUCUCAUUGCAUCGUGGGCCAGAGUAUGCAAAGUACUUGGAGCAGAUUUUGUACCAUACCUUCCGGUUGUAAUGCCACCACUUUUACAAUCCGCCCAACUUAAACCAGAUUUUGCCAUUUUAGACCCUGAUGAUGAUGUUGAAUCAAAAUAUUCGGCGGAAGAUGGAUGGGAAUUUGUGGGUGUAGAAGGACAGCAAAUUGGUAUAAAGACAACUGUCUUGGAAGAAAAAUGCACAGCUGUCGAAAUGCUUAUUUGUUAUGCUAGGGAACUUGGUCCCGCCUUUCAACCUUAUGUUGAUAAUGUUUUGGAAAUUGUUUUGCCUUUAUUGAAAUUCUAUUUUCAUGAUGGUGUUCGAAAUGCAGCGGCUUCCACUAUUCCACACCUUUUAAAUGCUAUUAAGAAAUCUCCCAACGUUAAUCUAGAACAUCUCCGAAAUAUGUGGCAUUCAAUAGCGAAAAGAAUUAUUGACGUUAUUCUUGGUGAAGCGGAUCCUAAUUAUUUGUGGCAACUUUAUGUUACUUUUCAUGAAUCAUUAGAAAUUGUUGGUGAUAAUAGUCUCGAAAUUUCUCAUUUGGAAGCUUUCACUAAAGCCACCGAAGCUCAAUUACAAGAAUUUUAUUCAAGAUUAAAACAACGAGAAUUAUCCAAAGCGUUACAUGUUAUCCUUAAAACUCAUCGAACUUCAUAUCUUCCGUCAUUUGAUAAAUUGUUACCUAUUGUCACGACGUUUUUAGCGGAUGCUAAUCCAGCUGCACGUCAAUGGGCUUUAUGUGUCCUUGAUGAUGUGGUUGAAUUUACGGGACCUGCAUCAUGGAAUUAUCAUUCCCAUUUCUUAGAAAAAAUGUUAGCAUCUUUAAUGGAUAUAGCUUCAGAUGUCAGACAAGCUGCUGCAUAUGGAGUUGGUGUAUGUGCGCAAUUUGGUGGAGAAAAUUAUGCAGAUGCUGUUGCAGCUGCAUUGACCCCAUUAUUUCAAGUAAUAAACUCGGAAGGUUCACGAAAAGAAGAAAAUAUAUAUGCCACCGAGAAUGCAAUUUCGGCCAUAACCAAAAUUUUGAAAUUUAAUAAUAGUAAAUUUGAUAUUAAUUCAGUUUUGCCAGCAUGGUUUUCAUCUUUACCAAUUCUAUAUGAUGAGGAGGAAGCGUCUCUGACCUAUACAUAUUUAUUGGAUUUACUGGAAUCUCAACAUCCAGGAAUUUUAGGAAACAAUAAUGAAAAUGUACCCCGAAUCAUAACAAUUUUUACUGAAGUUCUUGCAGCUGAAAUUUUAUCAGAAUAUGUGACCUCAAGGAUGGUAAAUGCAUUGAAAGCUAUACUUGGUAAUAUCCCAGAUGAUAUCAAAGCUGCAUUAUGGAAUUCGAUUGAUCCUGACAAACGUAAAAUUUUACAGGAAAAGAAUUACUUUUAA